GCACCAAGUAAGCAUGGUAAGUUUUGGGGACGACUGUUUGGGCGCAACGCACGUUCCGAACCGUUGCCUUCCCUUCCGCCUAACCGCCCCCCCGCCGACGGGGGGCCCAGUGCGCCGCACCUGCUCGUCAUGUUUGCUUUGGCUGCGACCAGAGCAAAGUGGUGUCUGAUGACGCACCACGAACACUCUCACCUCCUUGCUUUACUUUUUGAUCGUCUUGCUUUUAACCUUUCCGCAUUGCCGCAUCCCCCUUCGUUAUCUGCAGCCGUUUUCGCCCUCUUCCCUGUAUAA